AUGGAGCCGCAACUGCAGACGCCGCCCUUAUUGUCUCUGGUGGAGGAGAUCAAGGAUGCUGCAUUAGAGGAAUGCAGCUCGUCUCGCUCCGCAACGUCGCAUUACCGCUUCCUGGGAUUGAUUGAUCAGUUGAAGUAUAUGGUUGAGACGCCGACCGAGACAGUGCUGCGGCUGAUCUACCAGCCCCCGCAAAAUGCAGCUCUUCGUACUGUCAUCGACCUUAACAUCUUCCCCUUAUUGCUGGAACACCCCACCAAAGGGCUAUCAGCUACACAGCUAUCAGAGUAUACUGGCGUCGAGAGGGCACUAAUCAUCCGCUUAAUGCGAGUCAUGGCAGCGCUGGGUCUGUGUGCCAGCGUCGAACCAGAGGUGUACCUCCCCACAGACAAAACAAUAGCAAUGACGCAACCAAUUGGACGGGAUGGCGUUCCAUGCAUAUAUGACCUGACCGUUCCGACCCUCGCUAGACUUCCAGAGUACUUCCGCGAGCACCACUACCUCAUGCCGAAGGAGUACUCCCGAUCCCCAAUGCGAUGGGCCGUGGGACAAAGUCAAUUCGAAUGGCUUGCUCAACGGAAGCACCACCAGGCACUGUUCAACUCAUACAUGUCCAGUCGACGACAGGGCAAACCUUCGUGGUUCGACGUGUAUCCGGUUGAAAGACUUACGCACGGCGCCCUGGAGCACGAUGACGCCGUAUUCCUAGUCGACGUAGGAGGGAACCAAGGACACGAUCUGAUUCGCUUCCGGGAGAGGUUCCCGGAUGUUACUGGCCGGUUAGUGCUUCAGGACCUACCGAAAGUGGUCGCCUCCGCGCCCGCAGGGGAAGAGAUCGAGGCCAUGGCGUAUAGCUUCCUGGACCCGCAGCCGGUAAAAGGCGCCAGAGCUUAUUACUUCCGUGCCAUCUUCCACGACUGGCCGGAUUACAUCUGUCACAAGAUUCUGAUCAAUACCAUCUCGGCCAUGAACGCCGAAUAUUCGCGCAUCAUCAUUGCAGACUUUGUCCUUCCGGAUACAGGUGCAGCACUGCUGCAAGCGUCGAUCGAUAUCCAGAUGAUGAGUAUUGGGUCUGGGAUGGAGCGGUCAGAACGUCAAUGGAGGGAGCUAUUGGGGGGUGCUGGGCUGGAGAUAACCGGCAUUUGGAGUGGGAGUCCUGGGAUGGAGAGUGUAAUUGAGGCUGUGCCGAUACGGGCUACUUCGUGA